AUGUCGCAAACCAAACUGUCUGACCUAUCCAAUUAUUUCCGAUUUAUACAGACACACUCGCACGUUAAAAAGCUCGGGGCUGGUGGUGAUGGUACCGUCAGUUUGUGGAAACACAAGCGUUCUGGAGUAUUGGUUGCUGUUAAGACACCAAACCAGACUUACAACCCCACGCCGUGCUCUGCCCUGACGAAGGAGGCUAAGGCCCUUGAGCUUCUAGGUAAGCAUCCUCAUAUUGUUGAAAUACUAGCGUAUUUGAUUGACUUCAAGCCACGCGGGCCGGCAGUCUUGCUGGAAUAUGCACCCUUGGGCGAUUUGCGUGGCUACCAAGCAAAAGUUUUCGAGCAGUUCAGAUUGUGCGCGCAGCUAGCGAAGCAGAAGAUCAUAGAACAGGUUCCCGAGGAAACGGUUUGCAAGUUGUUGGGUGACAUGGCCCUGGCCCUGAAGUUCCUCCAUGGGGAAGGUUUUGUGCACGCAGACUUCAAGCCAGAGAACAUUCUCGUUUGCUACCCUGACGGCUGGGCAGAUGACAACGACAUACCCACUAGGCCCGUCUUCAAGCUUACAGACUUUUCCCGCAUGACACCCUUUCCACUUCCCCUGCACAUUCGCAACAGGUACUAUGGCACGCCGGAGUAUGGGCCACCCCCAGAGAAGUCAACAAACAAAACAACCAACAUUUGA